AUGGUUGUAAAGAAUAUGAAAAUGUAUAUAAAAUGUCAAAUGUGCCUAUGUAUUGGUCUAUUUUUCUGUACAUAUAUUGUGAAUAGUAUAGUUAGUAAUGAAUUGAUGGAGAUCUAUAAUCUACCAAAAUUUAUCAUAGAACCAAUUGAUAGAAUAUAUUAUUCAUCAAAUCAAUCACAAUUCAUCCCUAAAUUUCAAUUAUAUGCAUUAAUUACACCAAGAAAUGCAACUAUACAACUUGGUGCUAUACAUAAAGAUAAACCAAAUAUGAUUAUUUAUAUACCUACAGUACAUGAAUAUUCUACAGAAUUAUAUUCAAUGACAUUUGCUCAAACUCAUGCUAAAAUUCAAUCACUUACUAUACAUGAUAAUUUAGCUCAUCUAAACUACUUAAUUUCAUAUAUAAGUAAUAUAGAUAAUAGUAAUAAUAAUAAUAUUAAUAUUAAAGAAAAUAUCAAUCUUUGGUUAAUUUCUGUAUAUAAUUUUUUACCAGAUAUGAAAUUAAUAAUCUUAGCUACUACAAAUUAUGGUACAGUAUCUAGUCAUUUGAUUGAUUUGAAAACAAGUGUUCUUCCAGCCUUCCCACCUCAUUCAGAUAAAUAUUUAUCACUUCUUAUUGGAAAUACAGCAGUUGUUAUUUGUCAUUUACCAUUGUCACAACCAUCAUUACCUACAGUACACUUUUAUCAUAACAAUAUAAAAUUAGAUUUAUCACAAACUGACAGAUAUCGUUUAAUUUACAUUGGUGGUGAUGACUCUGGUUUACCAUGGGAAAUAUAUUCACAAAAACCUCAUUUUAGACAAGAAAAUUUCAAGAAACACAAACCAAGUGCUGUUAUCUUGCUCAUCCAUUCACUACAACUUUCUGACACUGGACAAUAUUACUGUUCAGUAAGCCUAUUUGAUAAAACAAUUUCAUCGAAUCAAAGAACUCAUCUGGUUGUGACAAAACCAAAUAAAAAAAUUUGGACACAUUUAAAAUUUUCAUCGGAUGAUCCUGAUUUAUCUUAUUUAUAUAAUAAUAAUAAUAAUAAUAAUAAUAAUAAUAAUAAUAAAAAUAAUGAAAAUUCAUUAAAUAGAAUAAAAGAAAUUAAAAUUAAUGAAAAUACAAAUUUAACAUUAUUUUGUAUAUUUGAAAGUGCACCAGUUGUAUCAACACGUUGGUAUUAUAAAGAUGAAUUUAUGGAGAAUAUUGAAAUUAAUCAAAAUUUUGGUGUAUUGAUCAUUAAAUAUGCUAGACCGAAAAAUGAAGGUAUUUACACAUGUUCAGUGGAUAAUUCUCAUUCAAAGCUUAUUGGAAAAUCUUUUCGUAUUAUAGUAAUAAGGACCCCAACAACCAGUUUAUUAAAUCCAAAACUGAUUACUACUGAAAUCGGUAAACAAGUUACAUUAAAUUGUAAUAAUAAUAAUAAUAAUAAUAAUAAUAAUAAUAAUAAUAAUGUAAUGAAUAUGAAUCAAAUACCAUUUCCAAAGUUACCAACACCUGAUGAAUGGAAUAAAUGGGAUUAUAAUAAAAGAAUUAAUCAUUCCAGAUAUUAUAUUGAAAAACAAUAUAAGAAGAAGAAGAAAUUAAACUAUUCAACAUAUAUUAGUCAAUGGAUUCAUAAUGGACAAUUUAUUACAAUGAAUGAUGAUGAUAAUUAUCAUUUUGAAGAUGGAUUAUUGAAAAUACUAAAAAUUGAAAAAUCACAUACUGGUAUCUAUCAGUAUAUGAAAAGUAACCAAUAUACUAACAGUAUGGAUGACAAUAAUAAUGAAAAUGAAUACGAUGAAGAAUCAAUCAACUGUAAAUUUUAUAUUCAAUUAAAGGAUGAAAAGUUUGUUCAUAACGAAACUGAUCAACAAGUCAAAACAAUUUUUGAACAUACUUCGGAAGGUUUAACUGGUCAUUUGAAUUGUAAUUUAUCAUCAUUACUACUAACUGAAAGUUAUCAAAAUACACAUCAAGCAAAUAAUCAAUAUCAAUGGUCAAUUUUAUGGUAUCGUAGUGUAACAUCAAGUGAACCACUUAACAUUGAAUCAGUUAAUAAAGCAUCUGGUGGGAUUAAAUAUAUUAUUAGCAACGUCAAUGAAUAUACUCAAAUUCUCAGCAUUGUUAAUCCUAGAAAGAUUUCCGAUGAUGGUCAAUAUGUUUGUAGAGUUUACAAUACAACAACAGGGAAACUUUUAGGUGAACAACGAUUUCAACUGAUCAUUGAAUCAAUCAAUAAUGAUGAGAAUAUCCAUAAAAAUCUUAUCAAACAUGAAACCUUUUUAACCAAAUCAUCUAUAUCAUCCGAAACGCCAAAUAAAUAUGAAUUACCCUCUAAGAGAAAUGAACAAAAUUUAGUCUUAAAACAAACUGAAAAACCACAAAUUAAAGUAUCACAACCAAUUGUCAAAAGAUUAGCAAAGUUUACAAUGGCUGUACAUAUAAAAUGGAUAGUUUAUCAUAGUCCAAUUAAAGAAUUACACUAUCAAUUGGGUAUAAAACAUUUAGGAAAUAUUCGUCAAACUAAAUCAAUUAUAACAUUUUCUAAUGAGUAUAUACAUUCAAGGAACAAAUCGAAUGAAGAAGAAUUUUCAAUUUUGCCAAAUAUUUAUGAUAAUUCAAGUAUUAUAUUUGAUUCACGUGAUCUUUUUCAACCACAAAACUCUUACAGCUUGCGUGUACUGGUUUUAGAACAUCAACUAUGGAGCCCUUGGACAGAACCAGUGAACUUUGAUAAUAUGCUUGAUACUAAUUUACAAAUUAUAUCAAUCGUAACUAGUAAUCAGACAUGCCUUUAUAUUGAAUGGAUAUAUAUACAAUCAAGAAAUCAUUCAUUUACAACAAUGAAUAUUACGGAUUUCAAUGAUCUAACAUUUAAUAUCAUCUAUCGUAAUUUAUCUGAUAAUUUAAAUGAAAGAAAAUCUUUAUUAGAAUUAUGGACUGAAUUUAUAUUUAGUGAUGAGAAACGAUUUUCGAUGGAUUUAUCUCAAAUGAAUCAAUUAGGUGACUUAUAUAUACGUCGAAUUAAUGGUGAUCAUACAUUGAAAGGAUAUUUACUUGAUGGAUUACAACCUAAUGUAACAUAUGCAGUAUCUGUUUAUAUUGAAGUAACAAAAAUUGAUCAUUAUCAAUCACAAAAAUAUUUUACACGUUUAAGUAAUGAAGUUGUUCAAAAAACUUUACCGAAACUAAUUUCAUUGUCAACUAAUGAAAAUCAGUUUUUUGUAAAAAAUUCAACGAAUGAAAAUAUUAAUCAAUUAAUAAUGGUGGAUUCAUUUGUUCAAUCAACAUCAAAUAUGAAGUCUAAAAUGACAGGACAAAUUGGUUAUAAUAAAAAUGAUUUAACUAGUAAAUUAACUAAAACUUAUCAACAUGACAGUUAUGUAUUAAUUGUAAUACUUGGUUCACUCGCUGGUGUAUUAUUCAUUAUAUUCAUUGUACUGAUUACAUUUUGUAUAUGGUAUCGAUUACAUUUGAAAUCUCAAUAUCCUAGAGGCUAUUUCGGUGGCUUAAAUGAUUCACAGCUAACUGAAACUCCAAAGCAGAGAACAAUCACUGAAUGGGAAAACUUCCAAACUCAACCAAUUACGACAACUGAUAAUCAUCAAACAUUUCCACGCACUGCAGGUAAUCUUCAUCUACAAUCUUUAGGUGACCAACAGAAUUUGAUUACAGAUAUAAAUAAUUUUGCUACAUUACAACAUCCAACACAAUGGAUACAACAGUCUCAAAUACCAUGUGAAAGAAAGUGUAGGAACUCUAUGGUUCUUGAUGAAACACUCAAGACCUAUUGGCCAAUCAUAAAUUCUAACGACGCAAAAGUAACAUUUAUGAAAAAUCAUAAUCAUGGAAAUGUAAUACAUGGUUCUCCAUUACUUCCAAUUUACAAAGAUUAUUUACUGAAACAGGCAAAUCAUCAAUCAAUUAAUGGUACCUUGUCAGAUGGUCAAGGUGAUAAUCAAAUUGGGAGUUUAGAUGGAAUAUUUCAAGAUAUCGCUGGUGGAGAACAGUUCAAUGGUGCCAACAAACUUUCAAACAAGGAUGUUCAACUAACAAAUGACCAGUCUUCAUCUAUCUAUUCACAUAUUGAUUCGGAUUCAACUGUUAAUGAACUAUCACAGUUCCACUUGGAUAGAUUCAAUUCAACUUUAUCUCCUACAACACUAUCUGAUUAUUCAGGAAUGGGUAAAAAUAUUUUAAAUUCUUUACAAAAUAACAAUAAUAACAAUAUGAAUAAUAGAAAAGAAAUUUUACGUGAUCUUUCACAGCCAACUAGUUUGUCAUAUGCUGCCAACUCAAUCUAUCCAUUUAUGAUUAAACCAGAUGAUCUUGUCAGUUUACCUUUGAUAGGAAAUCAAGAUCCUAUUCAAUAUUCAAUUCAAUCAGGAUUAAUUACAAGUGAUACAAAUUCAUUUUAUACUACUGUACCACCACUUCGACAUUUACAAUAUCCUUUCAAUGGAAAUCUACCUAUGAAUUCAUUGGAUCAUAAUGCUUUGAAUCAACUAAAGAUGUCUCUAAAUCAUCAAUAUAAUGGUGAGACAUUAAUUCAGCAAUCUGAUCUAAUAAAAAAUCUUCAAUUGUUUAAUAGAAAUCAAGGAUUUUAUGCAUCCAAUCCAUUCAGUUAUAUUUCUACACCAUUAUCAACAUAUGCAGAUAGUUUAACUGCUACAUUGACACUACAACAAUGGAUAGAACAUAUGAGUAAACCGGAUGUUGCUAAGAAUAAUGAUAUUAAACUAUCCAAAGAAGGAUAUAAGAAAAUAGAUAGCAGAUCAAAUUUAAAACAAUAUGAUUUACAGUUAAAUAAAACUGAACAACAAAAUUUAUGUAAUGAGAAUAAACGACAUCAUAAAAGUCCAAGAGAAAAUCUUAGUUCUAGUUUUGCUGACAGUGGAGUUGAUCUUCCAAAUACUAGUAAUCUUGAAUCAGAUAUUAUAGAACAUAAUUUAAACAAAAAUGAUAGUCCAAUAGAAAUUAGUACAAGAAUUUCAAAUAUAAUACGACCUAUAGAAAGAGUUUCAUCAGGACCAUGA